AUGGAGCAAUUCAAGCAUUCAGUGUUCCUAAAGUUCAGUGCGGUUACGCUCUCCGUAGCUAUUUUGUGUACCUUCGUUAUGUGCCAAGCUAGUCUUCAGAACAAAAGCGCCGUCUUUGAAAUCGGGGACAUCGUAGUUAGUUGGGGAGAUCAGAUAGUCACGAAAAUCAGCGAGAAAAUGAACGCAUUGACCGAUUUCGAUGCAAUAAGACAAAUAAUUGAUGCAACUAUCGAGGAGGAUUGCUACAUUGAAGAUUGUCCCUCAGGUGCGGCAAGGCAACCGAAUCCUGACUUCAUACCGGAAAGCAAUGGGUGUGGCUCAUUCGGUGUUCAGUGGAAGAAAGAAUUGUUGCCAGAUGAAGGCCUGGAGGAUUGCUGUAAUUCUCACGACUAUUGCUAUGACGUCUGCGGUGCCGAUAGGGAUAUUUGCGAUUUAGAGUUUAAAACCUGCUUGUAUAGCGUUUGUAGGAGUAGGAAAGACCAGUGGACAGUUAAUGAACUGAAGGCUUGCAAAGUUGCUGCCAAGUUAAUGUACACGGCCACCCAAGCCUUUGGCUGCAAAGCAUAUCAAGAUGCACAAAAGAAAUCUUGCCAUUGCGUUGCAAUGAUAGACCAUCAGGAGUUUUGA